CUAAGCGUCCUGUCGUGUGCGGUGCGAGUGCGCGCGUGUCCUGUGCAUACCGAUUCGUUAAGUCUCUAAAGCAUCAUUUCUGCAUUAUUAUUAUAAUUUUGUGGCCGGUUUAUUUUUGUGAUUUAUAUGUAAAUUAAUUUAUAGUAUAAGUGUGUUUAUGUGGCGUGUGUGAUUUAGUUUCGGUGUGCAUAACAUAUACCUACUAUUUUGUCGUCUGUAGAGUCUCAUGUCCGGAGAGUCACCGAAAAGGAAAAAAUAGUGGCGGCCGCCAUGUUCUCCAGCAGGACCCGGUCCAGCGUCCGGCUCAAGGAUCCCAAAACGAGAGAGGAUUCAAAUGUCGGCGUCGGCGGUGGAGGCGGUGCCGGUGCGUUUACUCGCUGGCUUCGCGAGUUCAGACGUGAGACUUACAAGGUGAACACGGCCGGAAAUGCAUCCGGCGGCGGUGCCGGUGGUGGAGGGACUUACCACAGUACGGCGCCCGAAGAUGGCAGGCGAAGGCACUCGUUCAACGCGCACGACAAGAGCGCUCAUCAUAGGGCGGACCAGAGACUGCAACUGCAGGGCGGCGGCGGAUCGCACGUCUCGCCGGCAUCCAAGACGCAGGCUUGCAGGCGAGCAAACAGCACGGUCGCGCCAAAGUCCAGAACACGAAACGAUGGAUCGUUCGCAAAGGUCAACUGUUCCGCCGUGGCCACCAUCAGAGAACUGUCCAGCAGCAAGGAAAACCACUCAUCGCACGGCAACGGCGUCAAGUCCGGUCGAGUAACGGCUCGCAUGACUGAAACUUGUGACGGACACAUACCGCGACACAGGGCCCCACAGCCACCAGUGGAUGUCAAGGACGCGGCUUGCGAACACGAAAAAUUUCCAUCCUGUCCGGCCACCACCACGGCGACGACCGUCAAAAGCAAUGGAAUGUCCGUCACCGCGGCCAGAAAGUCCUGGGCGGAAGAGCAGACGGGAAGCAGCGGCAUCAACAGCAACAAUAGUUACCCGAAGGAACAACCGCCGCCCAUCGUCCGGCCGUAUCCAAAGAGACUGUCCAACGGGCUKUAUACGCAACAAUUGAAAACCGUGAUGGAGCGUUGCGAAAAGGGCAAACCCGAGCUGUUGGACCGGGUGCGGUCGAUGAGAACCAAAAGCGGUAGUGGCGGUUAUGUGGAAAGACUGCAGCAGACCGCUGAGAAACAUUUUUGUGUGCCAUUAUCAACGAUCGCCUUGUCGGAUCCAACGGACCUGAACUCUCGGCUCACGCAAGCGCAGCUAGAAAAGUAUUCCAGAGCUUACGACGACUCGCCGCACCGAGAAACAGACGAGUACUCAAGCUGUUUCGACGGUAGCGACAGCGCGUUGUCCAGCCAUCUGACCAAGGAGGAGCUAGAGCAUUACACUCGGAUCUACGAGGAAAAGUCCACUUCCCAGAUCAGCCUGACCGAAAAAACAGUGCCCUUGCACCAACACCAGACCUCGUACGCGCAAAGCGAAGGGUACCACAGUUACGUGUCCAGCACCGAUUCCACAUCAACCCCGUUUCUGGACAGGUUGAGGAGAGACAGCGAAUCCGCUGUCGUGGUCGUCAAUAGCAAAGAAUCGGAGAAACCCGCCGCCGCCCAGGGGAGGGACUCGAGUGCCAGCUCUGGUUCGUCCAGCGAAACGCUAAAGUGGCACGGUUCCAACAGUGACUUGAGCACUGUGUCCAGUGGCGGGCACCACCGGUCGACCACCCAGCUGAUUGCACACAGCGCCAAGGUGUCGGCGCCGCAGAGACACCACUCCGAGUCAGUGAUGAGCGUAACUGAUGGAUGGUCGGGCGCCAACGUCCAGGAACCCAGGGUUGGCAACCAGAGAAAUCUCCGAAAGUUGUUCCCGGUCAGCACGUACACGGUACAACCUGCCAUGGUCGUAGACGAAAAGACUUCACCAAAAUCUCCACCAGCGCUGACGGUUGCUGAACGAAUUAACGAACUGGAGAAACAACAACAGCAACAACAGCAACAGCAGGUAACACAAACGCCCAACAAGUUCACGUAUUUUGAUCCGGAAAAGAAGCACAGAGUAGCAGACCACUCCCUGAGGGCCAUACAGAAACGGGCCUUGUUGUCAUUCUACGAGAGACACCAACCCGGAUCGUCGUGGAGGUCUGAGCCGCAGUUGUCACCACCACCGCCUAGGCCUCCGCCAAUACCCUGCCGUCCACGGUUGCCCACUCCGCUAUCAAGGCGCUCAUCUAUUUCGUCCGAAUACGACUCUCCAGCCACUUGGAACGACGAUUGUACGAAAGACGACAGUUCAGCCGAAGAAGCGAGCAUCACCAACUCCAAAGAACUCAGUAAAAACAAUCCACUUAGGAGUUCUAGUUGUGGUUCACUGUCGACAGCGAUUCUUGGGCCUAUGGUACUUGGACCGUCGAUAUCGAUCGACGAUUGGGUGCCUGAACUCCCACCUAAGAAAAAACAGGUCGCUCGACAGCAAACGCCUCAAGCGAAACGAGAACCUAGUCCAGACCUUCCACCCCCACCGCCGGUGGUCGAUGACGACGAGCAAAUGUUCGUAUCGGACGAACCGCUGCCGCCACCCCCACCGGAGGCCAUCUGGCCUAAACCUGAGUCGCUGAGGAACGACAAAUUCCUGCGCAACGGUAAGGAGAAAAGACUGGAGAGCAGUUUUAGCGCUGUCGAAGACGUGCUCCUCAGCAGAGACUUUAAUGCUAGCUGCAGUGGUGGCUCAUCAGCCGGAUUGUUUACUAACAACAAUUACCAUAUGCAUGGCCACCAGCAGCAGAAUCAGCAUAAUGCGAUGAGUGAAAAAUCAAAAUCGCUGUCAUACAUAUAUGACAGCCACAAAGCAGUGCCUCAGACACCGGUCAAGUCGUUUGCCAUUGAACUGCUGCAGCCGCCCCAACAUCCUGCACCGCCACCACCACCAUCACUAACGACUGACGAAAAAUCACUGCAAUUUCCGCACAAUGGCAUUAAGGAGUUUGGUCGUUCAUCGAGCGUCCGUCGUAACAAACUCACCAUACCCAAUAAGGAUUACUGCAAGUCCGAGUUCUCGGCCCGGAAAUCCGUAUUCCAGGGUGCCGGUGGUUCCGCGGUGCCUAAACAGCAGGUGGUCAUGUCCACCGUAAAACCCCCAGCGUUCAGUGCCACCAUUUYCACGGUCCAAAAUAACGUGGUCAAACACCAGAUCUGCACUCCGCUGAAAAUUGCCAGAGACGCAGACAAAAAAGUGGCGGCCGCCGCCUCCAGAUCACCGUCCACGGCCAAGAUCCCCGUAGUUGCCGGGCCGCUCAAGUCAUCGGGAGUGUUUCCACCGUCCCUCGAACCCAGUUGUCCGCCGACUCUCUACCAACAGAGUCAAUCGAAGGCGUCGUACCUGUCAGCGUACAAGAGAGAGCCCCGGGAGCGCGAAAAAGGACUUCCGAACUUCGAAGGAAGUUACAAGAGGACGGCGUCGCCAAACAGCGGCGGCCGAGGAGACGCUGCCGCGGCCGUGGAACCACAAGAUGUAGAAAACGUGGCUCCAGACGGAAGCGAUUGCUGCAGCAAUCUUUUGGAUUCGAGUGGCGGUCGACUGCAAUCCCUGCAGCUAGACCACCACCACCACCUCCACCACUAUAACAACAACAACAACAAUAACAACACAGUAACUAGUCAACAACAGUCGUCGCCUGGUAAACAACAAACCGUCGACGCAGUGGCCGUGGAUGUCGCCGCGCCGUCACCGCCGCCCCCCGCGGUGUUGUCCGAGCGGCCAGUCGUCGACCAGCCGCCCCAACAACAACAGUUAUCUAAAACACUGCCGCGGGCUAACAACUCGGCCGGACAGGAUUUCAAACGGUCGUCCCGGACACCCCGGACGCAGUCGGACCCGUCCAACAUGCCCAACAAGUCGGACGCGGCAAUCACCACGUUGCAGUUGAUGAUGAUGCCGCCACCCCGGCACUCCGAGUCCACGUCCAGCCUGCUCCUGCAGAAACGGUCACAGUCCGACCUGUCCCAGGUGGGAUCCACCGAGAGCGGCUACAGCAGCCUGUCCCUGAACGCCCCGUCGCCGUCCCACUCGCCCACCAGGCUGUCGUCGGGCGACUUUGGCUCGGGCGGUCCGCCUCCACCGCUCCUGAUCAUCUCGCCAUCUGCCGCGGGAUCCGUUACUCCCGUUACUGCCGGUGACCUCGACGAGUGCUGUAAUUCUACAUGGCAUACGGCAGAACCCGCGGUCGCCGUGACCUCCGCUGACCACCGUUUCCGCAACCCGGUUUCCAGAAGCUGUUCGGUGGUGUCGUCGGAUUCCGCUUCGCAAACGGAACUAAAAUCUGUCGCCGCAGGUGGCAACCCAUCGACAAUCCGGCGGAAGUCGCCCGAAGAGAUCGAAUGCGAAGAACUGUCCCUUUCAGCUCCCGGACCGGACGUCAAACGUUCUACAGACUACGUUUCUCCGCUGUUCCGCAUGGACUUGGUGCCCCGGUCCAGAACUUCGGUCGCCGAGAAACUGACAGACUGCUGCAGUAGUAGUGACGCCAUGUGCGGCCCAGUCACCUCCUCAACUAGCACCUCAUCGACUACUACCGUCACCGGACUGUCGGCCAACUCAUCCUACUACACCACGUCCGAACCGAAGGCGAAACUCCUGAAUCUGCAGCAUUACAGCCGGCAGAUACAAUCGUCACCGGGCGAAUGCAACGGGAUCGGAAAUUUGCAAAAGAAAAAGGCGGACCUAGUGUCGCGGCUGGACAGAAAGCUGAAGGUACUCCGAGACGAACAAAUCGCGCUAGCCGAAGAGGCGGCGCUGAACGAGACUCUGGGGGUAUCGGUGGCCGACCGCGUUAAGUCCGUGGCCAAGCCUCAGGAGGCCAACAAGUUCAAAACUCACGUACAGGAAGUGGGCCACAUUACCAGUUUGCUGUUGAGCCUGAGCGGACGUUUGGCGAGAGCGGAAAACGCACUGCUGGACUUGGACGCAGACAAUUCAGAAAAGAAGGCGCUGGAGGAGAAAAAGUGCAAGCUGACCGGUCAACUCGAAGAGGCCAAAGAGCUGAAGGAGAACAUCGACAGGCGCGGAGACUUCGUGUCGAACAUUCUGUGCCGCUAUCUGACGGCCGACGAGUACUCGGACUACGAUCAUUUCAUCGCCAUGAAAGCCAAGCUGCUGAUCGACGCCCGCGAGAUCGCCGACAAAAUACAGCUGGGCGAGGAACAGCUGCGAGCGCUCAAGGAAACCCUCGAAGACUAAAAAAUUAUAUAUAUUUUUUUUAACGUUUUAUAUUAACGCGUUGAAAACACGUCAUGUUACAUAGUAAUAUAUUAUUAUAAUUUAAUUUUAUAUAUAUAUAUAAUAUAAUAUGUAUGUGUGUGUGAGAUAGGUGCGGUAAAAAAUUAAAAUAAACUAAAAUAAAUUACAAUUGCUGGUAGGUCACGUUACUGUAGAUAAGACGAAAUCCAUARAAUAUAUAAAURUAAUAUUGUAAAACCAUUAUUAUUAUUAGUAUGCGUUUGAGCAUGCGCGUGUGGUUCGAGGAAAACUUGGUAGGAUAAUAUUUAAAAAAAUCGACUGAAACGAUUUAAACGGGGUUAGCCCGCCAGAUCUCUAUAAUCGGAACGUCUCACGUAUUAUCACUUCUAAACCCCCUCCUCCCACCACCCUCAAAUCCGCCCAUAAACCACUCGUUCGUGUCCUUCUUCGAAGCCGCAUCGGCUCUAUACUGAUAUGUGAGUUUGAGUGUGUGUCUUAUAAUACUAUAUAAUAUGUACUYAUUUGCUUUCGAACAACGUGCGUGUGUGUGUUUUAUAGUUUUUUCGUGUAAAAAAACAGAGACUCAAACACGGUAAUAUUGUUGUGUUUUCGAUUUAAAACCAUCCRAAACGACGACAGUCUUAUCUGGUCGACGACACCUGUCGCUCUUUCGUCCAUCUCCUAUCUUGCGACUCCCCGUCUAAACAUAAUAUCAUUAGAUUGUAACACGAUCAAUUAUGACGCAAUAAUAUUGUUUUGGUUUGCUCCGACAUGACGUGCGGUUAGGAUAUUCUUAUCAUAUUCUUAUAUAUAUGUAGUUUUAAUUAUUUAUAAAAUGCGAACGAUAACGAUAUUAUUUUAUUUAUAUUGUUGUCAAGAGAAUCAAACUGCUGUUGGGCCCGCGCCCACCCACAGCAUCAUUCGYCACUUCGGUCGAGAUAACGUUUAUCCGAUCGUGAUCGCGCAUAGGUCGCGUGGGCGACAAACGUAACGAAUAUAAAAAUGUAAACAAAUAAAACUGAAAUAAUAUUAAUCAUAACACUAUCCGUAAUACUAUAAAUAUUAUAUUAUCAUAAUAUGUGUGCGCGCGCGCACGCGUACCCCUUAAACCUCUGUGCAGAGAUGAUUUAUAAUGAAAAUAUAUAUCUUAGCUCGAUAUUAUUUUAUUAUUAAUUUUAAAAGCCUUAAUAUUUAUCCUUGUUAUGCAUUUACUGUAAAUAUUUUUAGUGAAAUGUAUUGUUAAAUCUAACAUGAAAUAUUGUCUUGUAUUAUAAAAACAUUAUAGAAACCCUGUGUGUGUGUGUGUGUGUGUGUGUGUUGUACAGAUUUUAAUGAA